GACGGCUAAGUGGGUUUGUUUGGGUGUUAGAGUCUGUUCAGCGGACGGUGAGAAUUGGGUUGGAUUUCGUACAAUAGCAGUGCUGUACGAUGCAUUUCUGGGUAUUUUUUUUACUUUAUUUCCUGCUGUGUAUACAUUAAAUUAUCAGACAGUUGUGUUGUCAUUGCAAUGGCCUGCGAAAACUAUCAGCGCUAGAAUAGGAAUCUGAGCCAGGUCUUUGGCAUUUUUUAUUCUUUAUUAAUUUUUUUUUGUGUAUUAUUGUGCAUUUAAACCAACUGUGUGAUUUAGUAAAGGAGUCAGUAAUGAUAAGUGCUGCUGUCAUUGUAUCUUGUUUGUUUGUUCCUCGGAAUAUCAAUAAGGUAAAGACAAGCUAGCUAAAACUGGUUACUGAACUGGAAGACUGUAAGUAGAAACCAGCAACUGAGCUGUAAGGUUCAUCUCUAGUGCUGAGCUGCUUGGCUUUGUUGGGAAAAUAAAAGAUGUGAGGUGUGUUUGUGAGAGACUGUCAAGGAGCAGCAUGUUUAAGCGGUGAUCUGAGCCCAGAGCCCUGGUCAUGGAGGCCCGCUUUGGGAAUGUGGUGUUCAGCUCACGCUUCGACUCUGGGAACCUGGGCCGAGUGGAGAAGGUGGAUGCGCCCGAACAUGAUGCUGAGAGAAGCUCGUUCUCGCAUGUCGACUAUGAGUUCAAUCUCUGGACUAAACCUGACUGUGCAAACACUGAGUUCGAGAAUGGGAACCGAUCCUGGUUCUACUUCAGCGUGCGUGGCGUGUUGCCGGGUAAACUGCUGAAGAUUAAUGUGAUGAACAUGAAUAAACAGAGCAAGCUGUACUCUCAAGGCAUGGCUCCAUUUGUGCGCACUUUUCCUGUGAAAAUGCGCUGGGAGAGAGUCCGAGACCGACCAACAUUCGAGAUGUCAGAGAAUCAGUUCACUUUGUCGUUUGUGCAUCGUGUGCUGGAAGGGAGAGGAGUCCUCACGUACUUUGCUUUCUGCUAUCCGUUCUCGUAUACUGAGUGCCAGGACAUGCUUCUGCAGCUCGACCAAAGACUGCUCAGCCAUUCUCACACACUGGGGCCAUGCAGUCCAGCAGACAGUCUGUAUUAUCACCGUGAGUUGCUGUGUUACUCUCUGGAUGGGCACAGAGUAGACCUGCUGACUGUGACCUCCUGCCAUGGCAUGCUGGAGGAGAGAGAGCCCAGACUGGAGAAACUCUUUCCUGACCACAGCAUGCCACGACCACACCGCUUUGCUGGCAAACGGGUAUUUUUCAUCAGCAGCAGGGUGCAUCCUGGGGAGACACCCUCCAGCUUUGUGUUCAAUGGCUUCCUGAACUUCAUUCUGAAUCAGGAGGACCCACGGGCGCAGAUGUUGUGCCGGAUGUUUGUCUUUAAGCUCAUCCCCAUGCUCAAUCCCGAUGGGGUUGUGAGAGGUCACUAUAGGACGGACUCGCGUGGCGUGAAUCUUAACCGACAGUACAUGAACCCAAGUGCUGAGCUGCACCCCUCCAUCUAUGGAGCCAAAUCCCUCCUCCUGUACCAUCACCGGCACAACCGCCUUAAACCCAGCUCUCCCUCAGCACUUAAACUCUCCAACCAAUCCAAUACCACCAUGCCACAGCUAACCACACCCCUUGAACUUGAACACUACCUCAACUGUCGCAACGAGGUGGAGCGAUUGGAGGGCCCAACCCUCGAACUCUCACAGAUUCCCAUGCAGAUGGACGAAAGCUGGGAGAGUAAAGGCAGAGUGAAGGGCAAGCUCGGGCAAGGCGAUGAGAACGAUUCCACACCAAGUCGGAGUGAAGCGUGCGUCUCUAACCUUUCCCCGACAGAGCAAAUCCCACCCCAGGAAAGUGGAGUGGCUUAUUACAUAGACUUGCAUGGCCAUGCCUCCAAAAGAGGAUGCUUUAUGUAUGGGAACAACCUACCUGAUGAGAAUCAGCAAGUGGAGAACCUGAUGUAUCCGAAGCUGAUCUCAUUGAACUGUGCCCAUUUCGACUUUCUUGGCUGUAACUUCUCAGAGAAGAACAUGUACGCACGGGACAAGCGUGAUGGUCAGUCUAAAGAGGGCAGCGGCAGAGUCGCUAUACACAAAGCCAUUGGAUUAGUUCACAGUUACACGUUGGAGUGUAACUAUAACACAGGCCGCUCAGUCAACACCAUUCCACCUGCCUGCCAUGACAACGGCCGAGCCACUCCUCCUCCCCCUCCUGCCUUCCCUCCCAAAUACACUCCUGAGGUAUACGAACAGGUUGGCCGUGCAGUCGCAAUAGCAGCACUGGACAUGGCUGAAUGUAACCCAUGGCCACGGCUUGUCCUGUCUGAGCACAGCAGCUUGGUGAACCUACGAGCAUCACUGCUCAAGCAUGUGCGCAACAGUAAGGGCUUGGGCUCAAACGGCCAGAAGAACUCAAACAAGGCUCCCAGCCCUCCGAGAUGCACAAGUCUGAGCAGCUCUGUUUCGGAAAAUUCCUUAAGCCGGAGUCGCAGCCACAACAUCGCUGGGAACAAGCAAAUCUCUUCACAGCUGAAGAGUUCCCCUAGCUUUACAUUUGGCUGGAGCAACUCUGGAAACAACCCCAGCUCACACAAGCCCGCCCACAAAGCCCUGGGGCCAAUCAGAGAGUCGAAAGCUCAGGAGAAGAGGCGUCCACAUCACCUCAGUCACCGCCUCUCACUCCACUGUCCCAGCAACAGCCAAGCUGUCCCAGCACGUCCCCCGCUCUCCCCUUCAUCCUCCUCCUCUUCCUCUUCCUCUUCUCCCUCCUCGUCCUCCUUGGGGGCGGGGUCAGCCUCCUGCUCCAUCAAUACAGCAGGUCUGUACUCCCACACAGGCCUGCUCACCAAACUAAGCCCUCUGCACCAUACCUGCCUCAGAGACACUCCGAAAGCACAGCCAGCGCAGCAAGAAUAACUGGCUGCUGUGUGGGCAUGCGUGCAUAUGUGUGAGAUUGAGAGAGAAACUGAGUCUCUGACAUGGUGCUUCUCUUUAAAUAGAAGGCCCUGAGGGUUUUAAUGGUUUUAAUUUGACAGAAUGGGCAGUGAUUUUACAAAAUUAUGAAUCUGCUUGUUGGUAUUAAAAGCCAAAUUUUAAACCUCCCUUUUUUUUUUUAAAUCAUGCAAGUAAUGGGUCCGUUCUUUUCGUAGCAUUGCACUUUGAUCAUAUUAAUAUUGAAACACAUACUCCAUGCCAAUGACUGAAUGUAACGGGAACACAAAAUGGUGCAUAGCAACUGUAUGUCAACGUGUGUGUGUGUGUGUGUGUGUGUGUGUGUGUGUGUGUGUGUGUGUGUGCGCUCCUUUUUUUUUUUUUCCAGAAAUAUUUGUUUCCUGAGCAGUGAUGAAUCAUUUCUGCAGUACGCAUUCUUGCACUUUUCUUCUCGUCAUUCAUUUCUGAAUUUGAUUAACUCUUUUUUAAUUUUCUUUGCAAUUAAGAUUGUAAUAUAUAGAAAAUGCCUGUACUAUACCACCACUUCUUCAGUCUGUCUACCUUCCUGGGGUUAAAAGAGUGGAUAUUACUGUCAGACAGUAUUUAUGAUCUCUGAAAACAAGACUGCAAGAUAUUAAUACUGUAGCAUAAUGUCACAUUUAUAGACCUUUAGUCAUGUGGUUAUGAACUGAAAAGCAUCAUAUGUCAUGAAAAGUUAGAGGUUCCAUUCACAGAGGACUUUGUGCAGUAAUAUUUCUCAAGGAAGAAAUAAUUACCAAUAUCACUAAAAGUAAGUUACUCAGUUUGUGAACAGAUUUGUUGUUUACACUAUUCAAAAGAAUAAUUACAAUGUUAGCAAUGUGUUAACAGAAUAAAGGGGUAUGUUGACUAAGACUACAAGCUCUGGUUCACAUUGGCAAGCAGUUUCAUAGCAAAACAAUUUCAAAUCUCAAUAUACAGUACUGUGCAAUAGUCUUAGGUGCAUGUAAUGAAAUACUUUUUUAGACCAAAAAUGUCUGUCUUAAAAAAACAAGAUGAAAUGUUUCAACGAUUAAAAAAAAAAUUACUAUAAACAGCAGUAAGCCAUAGUAAAUGAAACAAAGUUAAUAUUAGGUGUGAGACGACCCUUUGCUUUAAAAAAAAUAAAUAGUAGUCUCCGGUACAAUGAGUGUAGUUGUAUAAGGAAAUGAGCUGUAGAUUUAACUGAGCAUCUCGCAGAACCAGCCACAGUUCUUCUGGACACUUUGUCACACUUGCUUCUUAACUUUGCAGCAAAAUUCAGUAGCCUUCAUUAUGUUUUCUUUUUCAGUCUGAAAAGUGGUCUCUUAUAUAAUAUGCUGCUCAGAUGCAAACUUUUUCUUUUGUAACAUUUUAAUUUUGUGCUGGAAAACGAAUGUUUAGAACUCUUAAAAAAAAUUGUACUGACUUGAUAAUGUAGAAGUCAUAAAAUAGAAAUCUGUAACAAAGCUUGUAUGGUGCCUAAGACUUUUGCACAGUACUGUAGUACGAGAGUGAAGUAUGAGUGUUUCUGUUCUUAUGGUAGUCUCUGCUCAUUUUGCUAAAAUAUCAGCCAGUCCACUCAAACAGUAGUUAAAAUUUUUUUUUUCCUUGCCAGAUUGAGAUUUAAAAAAAAAAAAAAAGUCCUCAUCUGACUGUUGUGCGUGGUAUUGUAACAAAUCCAACCAUUUAAACACAUUCACUAAAAUUCAUAGAUGUUUCACCAUUUGUCAGCUUCAUGAUGUAUAUAAAUUUUAUUCAGUACGUUUUAUGUAGGGCAAUUCUAAUGUUUAGAAAUGUUUAUUCAGAUCACUGGUAGGUGGCUCUUUUCUGUAUAGAUGUUUCUGGAAACUUUUUAUUAAAUUUACCACUCUGAAUCUAAAUUUGGAGAACAUUUCUGAAAAUUUAAAUUAGCAAGAUUCAUUUUAUUUAAGGUAGUUGCAUUCGUUUUGCCUCAGAAGUGGGAACUCUGAAAUUGAAAUUACGUCAUUUUCAAGGUACAAAGUAGGAAAAGAAGUUCGUUAACUUCGUUAGCAACAAUGAGUGAUGUACAAAACGGUGAACUAUAGAUUUAACAAGGGUGUGUGUGUGUGUGUGUGUGUGUGUGUGUGUGUUUUUAUAUAUAUAUAUAUAUACACACACACACACACACACACACACACAGGACUCAUUCAAAGGUAAGAAGUGCUCCUUUUGUUUACUGUUCAUACUGUGAACAGCCAUGUUGAUUUGACAUCACUUGCUGAACUCAGGAUUGAGGAGACCUUCCUGAGUUGUGGGGCGUGUUUUUUUCCUAAUCUGAGUUCAAAAAAUUUAGAUAAUCAAAUGCAGCAUAAGUGUAAUGUGCAGGCAGUUUAUUCAACUCGUUGACCCAUACUACGUCAGCACUGCCACACUUUUUGCCUGGUUUUUUUGUUUGUUUUAAAUGUAGCCUUGAUUUUGAACCACUGUGAUGGAAAUGAGAUUUGUGUGCAUCUGUGAUUUUUUUUUUUUUUUUUUUUUUUUUUUUCAUUAUUGGAUGAGGCCACUUGUGAUUUAAUGGAUCAAGUUUGGAUAGAAUCGCCAGUUCAGUGAAUAGAUUGUGUGUGUGAUCGACCUUGUUUUUGUAAGCCAUUACUAGCCCCUGCUGUCUCUGCUGUGGUAUCACCUCAUAACCAUCAGUAAAAGUGUCCUGUUCUUCUUUUCUUCUUCAGUCUUUUAUAUUCUAUAACCUAAAUUCAGUUCCAUCAUGGGAUGUAGCUUUCUUGUGAAAGGGUAUCUAUGCUCUACGCAGGGCUCUGCUCCUGUAGAUCAUUUAAGGAGCAACCCGAACUAUUUAGACUACUAGAUUCUGAGUGUUUGUUUAUUUAAAAACAAAACAAGAAACACGAGUUGUCCAUAAUCAAGCUGCUGAUGCUCGUGUCUGAAGCAAAUUUCCACAUCAUGUUUAGCCUUUAACUCUACAAUGUGCUUCACGUUUAAUCUGCAGUGUGGAAAGCAGUGUACACCAUUAUACUGUAUGUAUACACUUUACAUAAUUUAUUAUACUGUACCAUAUAUUACGCACAUUGUUUGGGCUGUUGGAAGAGAUGGUGGUCCAAAUUUUUGAUUCUUAAAUAAACAUGACAGUUGGUUAAAUGGAAACAAAGAA